AAAAUUCAGUAAUUGUAAAAAUUAUUUAAAGGGGUAGAUCUCUAGCUGAGGGUAGAUCUCUAGCUGGGGCUAGGCGAGUAUUGUCAACAUGCAUUCCCCGUCGUCCAUGUGGAUCUAUGCACCGUGCGGCCGUGACCGGUGGCGGGUUCACCGUUGCAAGACCACGUCGGUCUGGAAAAGCUGCCGCGUUAAGCUACCGUGCAAAUUCAACAGGGGGCCCCUCCCCGUUUCAAGUAAUUUACUGAUAGCGUUUAAAAAAUUGUGAGGGAACGCCGUACGAAGUCAAUUGUUCGCGCUAUCUAGCGAGCCGAAAAAAGAAAUAAAAAAAAAGAAAUUAGUGGCGAAAUUGAGAACCGGGGCCGCCAAUUACAAUUAGCGAAUCGAUAACAAGGUCGCUAAUUGAGUCCACUAUGAAUUCCACAACUCACAAGUCCACAACUAAUUUUUUGUUCCACUCAAUAGACUUUGUAGAAAAUAGUCCUAGAACGGUAUUUUCCAGGUGAUUAUGAGCCGAUUGUACGAACCGUGGGAAAUGUAGUGCCCCAUUGAAGUCUAUUGUGUCAGGACUUGCAUUUUGUGUAGAAGUUUAAUUUGAAAAUUUAUUUUCUCACUAAUUUGGUGAGAAAUAAGGGGUUGGGCGGAAGUCCAUGAAGAAUGACCAUCCUUCUAAGUCAAGGGAUACUAGCCCUGCCACUUGUAUUGAACAAGAAUUUCUCUACAUUCAAAGAUACAUAGGUUCAGUGUUUUUAAGUUUUGAUUAAAGGGGGGGGUGCUCUAGUUUAAAACUCGAGGCUUUGAAAGUUUAAUUCAUUCACAGCCGUGCAUUGGAUCUGAAUGUAUGAAUCUCGUAUCCAUAUGAUUUCUCCUAUAGGCUAUCAUUGUAUAAUUUCAAACAAGACA